AGCAGCUUCACCAAGAGCAGUGAAGACCGGUAAAGGAAGAACCUCUUCUGCAGAAGGCAUAACAGAUGAAAAAGACACAACUGAUUAAUAUUGCUGCAGCAAUUAUCCUGAUGAUGGCGCCUGUCACCGUGCAAAUAUUGAUAAGGGAUUCUUCAGAUGAAACCAGGUGGCAAGAAUACCAAUCUCAGAGCUUUAUAUCAAAUAUUAAACGACAUUCUGAAGGAACCUUCUCCAGUGAUUUAACAAGGUACCUGGACAAAAUGAAAGCAAAGGACUUUAUACAGUGGCUUAUGGACAAGAAACGCUUCAGCAAGAGACACCUUGAGAGUGGUUUAAAGAUUGCAAAUAACCUAGCAGAGCUUUCAUUUCUCAGUGUGCAGGAUUGUGACAUCAUUGGGUACCUGCUGCUGACUGAGACUGAUGGGAGGGUGGGGCUGGCUGGAACUGUGUCUUGA